AUGGAGCUCCCAGCCCUUGCGCCUUCCCCACAGCCCUCUGUGCGCGACACGCUCAAGACGAGCAGCGGGCUGGAGGAUGACCCGGCCAGGGCUAAGCGGGCCCACCAGGCCUGUCUGAACUGUCGCAAGCGGAAGAGCCGCUGUCUGCUCGAAGAGCAGGGCACCAUCCCGUGCCUGCGGUGUAAGCGCGACGGCCUCGACUGCGUGCUGGGCGGAAGCAACCGUGGCGGACGAAGGGUGCGCAGGAAGCGCGUCGACGAGACUCGGCCAGGACUGCCCUCAUUGACGGCGGCGGCGCCUGACGACGGCAGCUUUCAUGCGCUGGGGAACCUGGGCACCUGGUCGCACGAUGCGCAUGACACGGGCGCGCAGCAGCAGCAGCAGCAGCAGCAGCAGCAUUCACAACAGCAGCAGCAUUCACAACAGCAGCAACAGCAAAACCAGCACCAGCACCAACACCAACACCAACACCAAAACCAGCAUCAACAUCAGCAUCAACACCAACAGUACGGCGACAACGUCCAGGCCACGAGCUCCAACUCGUCCAACACGGACGAGCUGCCGUUCAACAACCUCCAGAACCCCUCGGACGCGCUGGGCAUCCUGGCGCGCGUCGCCGGCGAGUCCAGCUCCCACGACGAACACAGCCAUGCUCACCAUCCCGGCGCAGAGGCGGGCGUAGGGCGGGCAGCAGCAGCGCCAGGCGAGCUGUCGUCGAUGAAUGCGCCGCCGCCGCCGCUGUCCUUCUCCUACCCGCUGCUCGACCGAGGCAUCCUCACGGUGCACGCCCUGUGCCAGCUCCUGCUGCGCUACCAGGCCAACUACCACCCCUUCUACCCGCUGGCCCCCGCCCACGCCUUCGACACCACCCGCCUCUCGGACACGGUCCGCAAGGAGCCGCACUUGCUCACCGCCCUGCUGCUGAUCGCCUCCAAGGACCUCGUCAACGAGCCGCACAUCUACGAGGCAUGCACCGAGCACAUGAAGGGCCUUGUCGCCAAUCUCGCCGCGGGAGGCGACGCCGGCAUCGAGGCCGUCGAGGCGCUCCUGCUGCUUGCCGAGUGGGCCCCCUACACCCAGCGUGGCUCUGCCAAAGUAGGCAAGGGCGAGGAGGACAAGGAGUCGUGGAUGCACGUCGGCAUCGCCCUGCGCAUCGCCUACUUCCUCGCCCUCGACAAGUACUCGUUCCGCUUCGUCGACCAGGCCAAGGACCCCCACCACAACCGCAAACGCCUCAUCUGGACCGCCGCCUACGUCUCCGACCGACACAUCAGCAUCCGCAUAGGCAAGGCCUUCUGGUCGCGCGGCCCUGGCCCCCUCACCACCCUCCGCCGCGAAGACUACCCGAGCCUGAUACCCAAGAACCCCAAUGAAGAGGACUACGCUUCCAUAUUCCAGGCCAACCUGGAACUCACCCAGCUCUUCUCCAACGUACACGACACGCUGUACUCGAACCCCGGCACCUCCUUCCGCAGCAACAUGUCAGGGAGCUACAUCAAGUUCAUUGACGACUUCCGCUCUGCAAUCUACGGCUGGAAGAGCGUCUGGGGCACGCUGACAUGCUCGCCGCCCCUCAAGGCAUGUUUGUUGAUGAGCUACGACUACCUGCGUUUGUACACGAAUGCUUUCGCCUUUCAAGCCACCGUCCUCCGUGCCCUUCCUUCCGCCCAAUCCUCGUCUGAUUUGCACCAUCACCCGUCGUCAGCUGGCGGCUUAGGAGCCGGCCAGGCACCGCAACGCGUCUUUGUAAACAACGUUGGCGCUGUCGGCGACGCCCGCUUCAUCUACGAAGGCCUCGACGCAGCCAAAGCCAUCCUCACCACUGUGAACAACUUCGUCUCCCCCGAGACGUCCCUCCGCUUCAUGCCGCUCCGCUACUUCCUCUACCUGGUGCACGCGGGCGUGUUCCUCUACCGGGCCCGCUGCACCGGCGUCAUCAGCGGCGACGAAGACCGCGCCAUCCGCGCCAUGAUCAACGAAACCAUCUCACGCCUCCAACGCAGCGCCGUGGGCGUCGAGACAGGCAUCCAGCACCCAGGCUCGCGCUACUCGCAACUCCUCAAACUCCUCUGGGCCAAAGUCCCCCGCAAAGACAAGAGCAGCAGAAGCGCCUUCCGCCACCCAGGCACGUCCGUCGCCUCCAACCCCCUCGACGCAAAUGGCUUUCCCCUCCUGCCUGCCUCCGCCACCACCGCGCAGAGCCCGCGCACCAGCAGCGUCGGCACCGGCGAGAGUCCCGCCCUCACAGAGCAGAUGGGCGACUUUGGCUGGACGGAUCUCGGCGCCGUCAGCGACUUUGCCAUCCACGGCAAUGCCGCCAACGGCGCUCCCCAGGACGACUCGGCCCUGUGGAACGGCUUCCUCCCGCUGGACAUGGGCUGGAGCGCCAACGGAUUCAGCUUGGACGGCGUCGGCUGGGACGGGACAGCUAAUGAUCUGGGUAUGCUUUUUUAG